AUGUAUGCGUGCAUUGCGGAGCUCAUUAAUCGCGCAACGGCGCCUCUCCAGAGGCAGACAGCCUCAGAAUUCAAACGUGACCCCGGCACAGACCUUAUAAUCGACCCGUCGAGGACAGUCUCCACGAAUUUCGUGCCGACAAUCGUGCUUUUACAGCCCAACUUGGACUCGCCGCCACCUUGUAAAAGGUUUCUACACUCGUCUUUUAGACUCCCGAAGCUUGAAAACAACGAUGAAAAUCCAAAUAUAUACGCGAUUCAACAGCUUCAAGAUAAUUGUUUCCUUGAAUUCUUGGGAAAAUUAAAGGUUUUUAGAGAGCUGUACAAAAAAUUUUUUUGAUCGACAGGUAUAAUUUUUUAUAUAGAAAAGAGAAAAUGAGCUUUUCAAUAAUACCAAAUUUGAGCUUUCCUGACUAGAAGGAACAGAAUUCAACAAGAAAAAGUGCAAUUCCAAUGUCUAUUUACGCAGGACUUUGUUACCUUAAACAUUUUGCUACCAAAUGGAUGAUAAAACGAUCGUUUUUAAUGAUAAUCAGCUGACCCUAUUUUAACGACAAACAUCUUUUUUUUUCCUCGGAAAUAUGCUAGUAGACUUGUCAAGACAAUGCUGCUUUUUGGGGUGGAGCGCGAAGAAUUCAAAAAGGGCGGAUGGUGCUCCUUGGCGGGACGUCAGCUGUCGCGCUAGUCCGGCUCAGCUUCUUAUGAUCGAUUGCAUAACGGUGUGCCACCGUCUGCGGCUUUUCUCAGUUUCUACUAGGUUCAAGCUUAAUUGUACCAUAACGAAAAUCUUUCCGUUUCAUUGAAACUAUGAGUUAAAUAUGAAAAUAAUGUUUACUUUCCUUUUUUUAAACCUAUUUUUAAACGAUUAUUCCAAAAGAAACAGACCCAAUGAGAAACUCGAAACGAGGUCUGAUCGGUCCUUAUUGUUUCUGCCGCAAGACAGGUGUGAACUCGCAUAGGAAUGCUCCCUUUCCGACGCCGCCGAACGUCUUCGAAAUCGCGAGAUUAGAGCCACCUGUCCUUUCUCCUCUUUUCCCUUUCUCGAGAAUCCAUGCAUUCCUUUUUGCAACACAAUCUCUUCCUGUCUGUGUGUACCCAUUAAAACUGGUUUAUUUCCAACUUUGAAAAAACAAUUAGAACUUCAUAACCCUCUUCUUUUUUUAACGAGCUUCAUCUUCGAUUUCUUUAGCAAACGUUCCAUUCUAAAAGUUUUCCACAAGUUUUUUUUUUAAACGAAGCGUCGAGGCGUGGGAAAAUUUCUUGUGUUUGUCUUAUCAUGUUAGUCGCCGGUAAUUUUUCCAUGCUUCAAAUGGGGGAUCAUAACUCUCUGCGACUUUCCAUCCAAAUUUAGUUGCGAGCGUUCUCUAAGUUUAAAAAGAAUAACCAGCUAGAAAGAGCAGGAAGACUGGAUUUUGAGCCAUUCCUGAAUGCAUCGGACCGCAGCGAGGCCGCCACCUGCCGUCCGCCCUGGACCAGUUCAAAAACCGGUGUUUAAUGCUGGCACUACUAGCCCCGAUGUCAUGUCUGGCAAAUGACAUGAGAAAUUGUUGUUGAAUUUUGACAUAGCGUCUGCUCGGCAUUAAAUUUGACUCGACUCAAUCGCGAUUUACGAGUUUAAUUUUUCGACCUUAUUUUCUCUGGAAAUAAAAUACAGCCAUGAAAAAUUCGAGGUUUAAUUCGAGAGAUCAAGCCAGACCGUUUCAAGUCGUGACAAGAUUUCAAUUUAGAAAAAUUUUUGACCGCUUUACAAUGUUUCAUGCAGAUAUAACUUUUUAUCGCUUUUUGGGGGUUCUAAAAGGAAAAUAUUAGGAUUAAUAGCAAUGAAUAGAUGUAGAUAUAUUGGUAUACGAUCGCUUUAUUGCAAGCCUGAACUAACUGCUCUACCCUCUAAAGUUUUCCAGACACCGUAAUCAGAAGUCUACCCAAAACUGAAUUUCUUGGAUUGUGACCGCAUUAGAUUUCUGUCUUUUUGAGAAGAACAUCGUGUUUUUUUUUUUACGAAAACUAACAGUGCUAAGCGAAAAUUUCUAUAUUUUUGAGAAUUGGGAAAAUUUUUCCAUAUAGUUCGGAAACGUGAAGAGAGCCUGGUAGCAGAUCAGACCGCGGUUUUUUUUUCAAACUGUAUCGUUUUGCGUGUCCUUUGGCGGCAAAGUAGAACAAUAGAAAGAGUUGUCCCCAAUACACGCUGAUAAUGGCAGCUAUUGUUUCGAACGGUAGCCAGGUUCUGUUCGGUUUGGCGGCUCUUUUCUCAUUCUCAGGAGCCUCGUAGAGUCGCCCAGGUCACGACGACCCACUGCGCCGCCCUUGUUUGGUAGACCUACCUGAGUGCUCUCGAUCGAUGCCUCCGUCUAGGUUACCGUUCCGAUCAGUUGUAUUUAUAGUAAUAGUUAUGCGAAUUAUUUCUAUUUCUUCAUUAUACUCAAUCUUCAUAGCUUUUUACUAAUUAUCUUGCAGGAUAAAACUUUUUAUUUUCCUCAAAUAGACCCUCCAAUUCCAUACUAACUAAAUCUGAGAGAAGUCAGCCUUUUUUUUUUGAAUAGUCAUUCAGAUGAGCGACACAGUUCUCAAAUUUUUUUUUUGUUUCUAGUAUGCAUUUCAGAACUGUAUCCUUUUGCGCAUCUGUCCAUCGUUGCUUUAAACCUAUAUGCCUUUUCACUUCCCGAACUAAGGUUUCCAGGUGACCGCAACGAGAAGUUUACCACGACUUGGCCUAAAUGUCACGGCUCGUAACCACAUGACGGAUUUAUGUGUGUUUGAACGAGGACAGUUUCCCUUUUUCUCGCCUUUUCAACCCCAAACGACACGGUGCUAAGCGAAAAAUGCAACAUUUGAUGAUGAUUUUUCGAGCGAAGUGAGGCCACAGCCUAUUGGAAGUGCUCAGAAGAGCGGGUGGAUAGGCCGUCGAAAGGACUCUCGAGUUUGUGCUGGGCAUUAUCCUGCGGUGGCCUCGCCAGGUCAGAGCCUCUUGCUCAACGGACGGUAAUCCGCGUGCCUCUACCAAUAUCCAAUAAUGGCCACCCACCGACUUCUUUUUUCCAGUCUCUUCGAUCACAAGCCUCGAAUUCUUCGUUGUGAAUUUUUCUUUUUCUCGGCUGAAGCUCACAGAAACUCGGAAAAUCUCAGGAAAAUUCUCCUCGAAUUUUAUUUCCUGUAACUGAGCUAUUUGAACCGUUUUUUUUUCUUUCUUUUUGUCGAUAAUUGAUGCUAAUAUAUCCUUUGUAAAAGAGUUGUACCAUCAAAUUUCGUUGAUUUUUUGCGUUUUCCAUGAAAUUUUCUAUCUCUAGUUUCAGUUUUACAGGUACCUCUGGCUUGGCGAAUCUUUGGAUCGACCCGCGGGUCCUGCCAAAAUGUUUCCAUCGCGCAAUCAGCUCGCCUGCGCUCCUGUACGACGUAAAAGUAUGUUGAAAAAUUUCCGAAACACUUCUCUUUCUUUCUAAAAAUCACUGGUUACAUCUUCAUAUAGCUCUCUAUCUUUUCACAAGCUGAAUUCAAUAAUGGAAAAGGGUUUCCGCUUUUAUUAAAUUAUUUUUUCUUCAUCAAACACCAAUGAAAGAUUUUCUCAAGAAGUCUCUUUGAAUAGACUAGUUUCUGACCAUAUCCGGCACAUGUCAAGUUUAAAGUGUUGAUUGACUUUUUGGCACUCGACACGGUUUGAUGGAUUGAAUGAGGGUUACGUCACAGUCAGUGUGUGAGCGGAGUACAAACAAGAAAAUAGAUCUUUUCUCCAUCGCAUAAUCGUCACCUUAUAAUCUCCUAAUUCUUUUCUCAAAUGAUCCUCAUUAAAGUGAUUUUCCUGUAAACUAUGUUUAACUCAAGAUUUUCGAUAUGGAGGAGAAAGAAACGUCGGAUGUCAGAAAGAUCUUUUUUUCAGACUGUUUCGAAGAAAAUUCGGUGUUUCGAAAAAACUCGGUCAACUGAAUUUGAAAAAAUAAUAUUUUCUGAACAGAAUCAAAGGGAAUUUUCUAGGCUUUUUCAGAGGAGAGUUUUAAAGUAUUUUAAAAAUGAAUAGGAAAUAUAGAAACUGAGGCUUAGUUUGGUCUAUUAGUUCCAAAACCGUUUUAAAACAAAAAAAUGUGGAAAUUUCUAGUUAUGAAAAAAUAUUUAUUUGUUUUAAGAAUAAUGUGUGAAAGUUUUUCUUUUUGCAAAAAUUGAUUCAAAUUUAAACUGCUCACCGGAGCCGACGACACAGAAACUGCUGGCCUUGGAUCUCCAUUGGCGAUAAGCGGAAGUAACAUUCUCACGCAGACUGCACAUAAAACCUAACCGUUUUGCCUUGAAGACCUGAAAUUUGCGCACAAAUGAUCAGAGCAUAAAGUGAGACACUUUGCAGAGAAACUUUCAACGAUGACUUGAAAUUUAGAAAGAUAGCAGAUAAAAAUAAAAAUUUUUUUGAAAAAAACGUUUCAUUAAAAAUUUUGAAAAGAUUAUUGAUAAAUGAUGAUUAUGAAUAAAGAAACAUUAGUAUUUAUCCAGAGUUAUGCACAAAGAAAGUAACAUGAUGCUGGAGCUAUUAAUAUAAUUUUUUUAAAGAUCUUCAAAAAUUUUUUUGAGGGAAAAAUAAGAAUUAGUUCCGCUAAUUUCUCAGACGCGCGAGAAACGGGGUAAUUUUUCUGCGAGUCCUCCUUAAGAGGUCACUAGCAAGUCUAAGAGGUAACUCUAGCGGUCCUCUUUUCCUUCAGUGAUCACUCAAAGAAGCCGGCCAAUUAUUCUUUAAACAAAUUAAACCCUUUUUUCCCUCGCUUCCUUUUUUACUCGCUUUUUGUUCGGUUAUUGUAAUUAAACUUUCAGUAAAAUAUAGAUAUAGAGAAAAUAGCAUCGAAGCAUUUACGGUUACGGCCGCGAAGAUGGGAUUUCUUACCAAACGUCACUUUGAACCAAAAAAAAUUUUUUUUUUUCGAAAUUUACUUUUUGUGCUUUUUGAAAAUGCUUUUUGUCAUGUGAAAAUCUGCUCAUUAUCCGCUAAAUAGAGUCAACACUAAACGAUAAAACAAAACUUUAGAUUGGCAUGACGAGAUCCUGUAGUUUCACAUUAGACGAGGCAUAUUGGCACCUUUUGAAGUGUGAAUAUGCGCUCUGGGCAAGCGGAUUCGGGUUUCGCGGCAUCUUUUCGCUUGCGUCACACAGUCUUGAUCGUUUUGCACACUAUGCAAGAGAACUGCUCGAAGCCCCUGGCAUCCCUUCCCAAUCUAUUGAGUGACAAUGUCACUUGGGGGUUGUACCGGGAAAAAAUAUAAAAGCUCCAUAAGCUGACAUUCUCAUUUCAUUCUUUUCCUUUUUUCCGUUUUUCUGCAAGCAUACUUCGCUUUGUCCUUUUUUGUGUUCCCUACCUGUAAUGUCUCAAUGAAGCUUCAGAUAAUCUUUUGAGUAUAUUUUCAUCCUUUAUGUGGAAAAUUUUAAUGGAUCUCGAAUCCGUCUCGAAUAAGCUUACUGUUGAAUUCUUCGAUUUCUAAGAAAUAAAAACAAUGCUUUCUGCAUUGUGCACUGGCCUAUAGCUGUCAUGGGUUUUUGAAAAUUUUUUAUCUCUCAACAAUUUUUAAAGUUUUUUUUUUUAUUCAAAAUCGUCUUAGAUUUUUCCCCGCAUUUAGUUCGUCUUUUAGUUUGACAGGACUUUUUUGAUCUAAUGCUCGCGGCCACGUUUGAUCUAUACUGUGCUCUUUGAAUAUUCUUUAAUCGAACAAUUUUAUAGAACUAUACUCUUGCAAUUUUUCUUUUCCAUCGUUUUAAACCCCUUUAUUUAAGAACAUCACUAGUUAGAAUUUUUUUAAUUGCAUCAUCGAUAAUGCUGUAAUAUUUUUGGUUUAAAAGAUACCGCAUUUUUUUUCUCUCACUUCAAUUAAAUAUUUGUUCAAUUCGAAGUUUGAACUUUUUUUCAAAUUUAGAUAACGCUUGAAAAGCGGCGGAUAAUAGAAAGAGUCAUUCAUCACGCUAUCGGCGUUCGUAAUCUAACCUCGAUUUUCCUGAGGGGGACAUUGAACCGCGAGAAAACUCCUCAUUGAAGGUGUUCUUAAGAAAUUGUCAACUUGUCACCAGGCGGCCGAUAUUCAUCGAAAUGCACCGUGACAAAUUGACCUCCGGUGCCCUUCACCGUAUCCGUCGGGUGGCACGAAUUCAAAUUGGCGUUAACUCACCUCUUUUUGAAGGUCCUUUCCCGCUUCCCAUUAUUCUCUUUAUUGUUUUCGCGAUAAAUUACUGCCAAAUUUGACCCAUUCAAAAUUUAAAGAAUUUUUUCAUUGCUUUUUUUGGAGCUUGAUUUAAAUACAAGUAUGUUGAUAAUUAUAAUAUAAAAAGUAAUGAAUUCCAAGAUGGGCUAUUUAUUUCAAAAAGUAUAGGGUUUUUUAUUGACAAAAAAGUCCAUUUCGAAAUAAGUUCCACGCGAGGGCCGCUCUAACACGGGAUUUUCACAUUUACGUUUUUUUGAAAAUAUUUCUAAUCAGCUAUUAAAAUAAGUUUCUCAAAUUCUAACUUUCUUUUCUUAAUUCAGGUUGCUCUAUGAACUUUUUCUCUAAAGCUUCAAAAAACUCUUUGCAAUGAAUUUAAGAAAAUCUUUACCUAAGUAAAGACAUUUUUACGCUUCAAACAACCAUCAAAAGUUCUGCCUGCUAGUUUUUUUUUCGGUGUAGGGGAGUGUCCUCAUCUUGAGAGUUGGCGAAGGCGGGGUCCUGUAGUCCUAACGAUUCAUAAUCAUGCGGCUGUGUAGGUAUUGGCCACCUGGCGCACGCUGGAACCCUCAUCUUUUUUGAAUACCAACGAGGUGUACGGUAACCGGCUCUUUCUCGGAACAAACAGACAUUUUCUGGUCGGGACUGCGCCGUCUGUCCUCAGUCCGUUGUUUUGCGGUUGCGCCAUCGCCUUGCCGAGCUCGGGUCAACCUACCUGCGCCGCCGUCAUCGGCUCUCAGGUCCCGCACCGCCAAUUUUUAAUUUUUUUUUGAACAGAAUACUUAUAGGCAUUGUCUUCGGUGUAUUUCAAGCUUUAUUCAAACUCUUUCAACCUGUAUUUCUACCUUUUUCACAUAAUUUUUUUGUUCAUCAAAUUAAUCUGAUAAUAUAAUUUUGCAACUACUUUCACUUUUGAAAACUUUCAAGUCUUGCCUUUCGUCCAGCUCUUAUGAAUUUUACUUGAUGAAGUAAUUGACUGAGAAAAUUGUUUGCAUUGUUGCACAACAACAGGGGAGACUAGGAACCUUUUUGAGCGUCGACCCUGUUUGGCUGAAUCCUUUGUUUCCAAUUAUUUAUAAAUAUUUUUUUUAUUCAUUGCGAACUUUUCAGAGAUGUCGGAAGAAUUUCUAUCGGGGGAUUCUGAUUCUCGCGAUUCUGGGGUCAGUGACAUGGACAUCACCGACAUGCCCACGAGCUUCGCUUGCACCAGCCAGGAGCAGAAAUCCUGUUUUAACGUGAGUUUUGUCAAGAGAUUGUGUUGGAAAAGGACGUUCUGCAGAUUGACAUCGAGAUGGAUGGGAUGGAUCUCGGCGAGGAAGAGGAGAAUCAACUGAUAAUCGAGGAGUUUAGCGGCAGAAAAAGUUCGACAAGAACUGCUCGGGCUCUGUCCGACGUGACUUCUUCCUACAACAACCGUCAGAACACGUGAGUGUUCCAGCUUGUUUGCCGCUGCUUUCUUUGAUGUUUGACAGGCUCGAAAAAGUCCUAAUUAAGAUUGAGACGCCAUAAGUGUCAAUGCGAUGAUAGUUGGUGGUCGGUCUAAAAACUUCCCAGGGCCGUUAGGAUAGCUUUUUUCGACUAAACUGAAGCAAGAAAAAUGGCAGUUUGGCAACUUUUCAGGCUUCAACCAGCAUACAAUGAAUCUCCGGUGUCGAGAAAAACGUUUUUGAAACCCUCAGCCACAAAAUUGUGCCGCAAAAGAACAUUUGGCGGCGUUGAGAAUUCUUUCAAACGGAUUCGAGCAGAGAGUAUCGAUGAAAAUGAAGAGGUUUGUUACGUCGUUUAGAGAAUAAAAAUCGUGUAGAUUGUCAUUCAUUUUUCCUUCUUCUUCGGAACUACGAGAGUAAUUGCUGAAACCGGAUGUUUUUUGUCUCAUUUCAUAUGUCCACUGUCAAAAUAUGUUCUAAAUGUGUGGGAUGUGCCUCGGGAAUGUAAUAGUUGGUGUUCCAGCUGCAGCCGACGUGUUCGACGGUUGGCCGAAGAUCUUCUUCUUUUGGAUCAACAACAAUUCAUCGCGUCCAGUCGCUCUCCGUUUUGGAACGCGGCGAGAGUUAUGCCAGCCAUGUUAGCGCCGAUCUGCCUACUCUUCCUGAAAUCGUACGUUCUUCCAACAUUCGAACGCUUAAUUUUUUUCAAAUACAUUUUAGUUUAAUUUCAUAAAUUAUUGGAAUUUGUCUAUUUUUAAAGUUUUUUUAUUUGAACACUUAGACAUUUCUUUUUGAGUUUUUGGGGAGCUAGGCUGAUUUAUACAUUUUCGUGCAUAAAAAAAUGCUUCAUGACUACACAUAUUUUUUUCUAUGGUUGUCAAGAUUUCCCAAAAAAAUAAGGAAUUUUUUUCUGUCAGAACUCCGAAAUAACAGAAUAAAAGAAAAAGAACUUUUUUUGUUUUCCUUAGAUUCAUAAAUUUUUUUCAAAUUUUUGAAAUGUAAAUUACUUUUUUUCGAUGAACAAAAAGAAAAUAACAUCAAAGCCGACUUUUUUUAUUCUUUUUCAAAAAUAAUUUGACGAUGUUUUCGCUUUCAGCACUACGGCCUACGCACGAUCUCGCCCAGUGAUUCUCAGGCUUUUCGUCGGAUUUCCGCUGAAACUCUUGUCGAUCUGCUCCAUUCUCUGACGGAACUUGAGUUUUCCUCCCGCUACGUCAUAAUCGACUGCCGCUACUCUUAUGAGUAUUUUGGAGGCCACAUUCGAGUGAGAAAUCAAGAAAAGGAUAUUCUGUCGCUCAUGCUAUAUGAUCUCAAAUAGUUAUUUCGGAACACUCUCAAACAUCAACGUCUUAAUUUUCCAGCAACUAAAAUCCGAUUCUUUUCAGUUACCAAAAUAAUGAGAAACAUUUGAUAGUGAGGAGGAAUUGGGCCGUUUGCAGAGUGCUCUCAACGUUUGCGACCCUACGGACUGCACUCGAAUCUUCUACGAAUCUGAAAACCAAGGCCGAAUCCCGAUUUUUUACUGCGAGUACAGUCAGAAGCGCGGACCCACUAUGUACUCUUCACAGAAAAAAAGCUAGAUUUGAAAUUGAUUGGUGUAGGGCUUACGCUUUGCGGACACUCGAUCGCCAGAGAAACUUGCUGAGUUAUCCCCACUGCGACUAUAAGGAGAUGUACGUCCUCGACAAAGGCUACAAGAACUUCUACGAGUUCACACAAGCUCGUCAGAUUUCUGUGAGUUGGGAUGACAGAAUAACGACCACAAAAGCUGAUUUUAACUCUAUUUAUUAAUUCCGAUUUAAAAAAAAUAGUUUUCAUUUUCAGUCGUUGUGCUCGCCGAUGGGGUACACUCGUAUGGACGACGUACGCUUCACGGAAGAACUGAAGCAGUACGGCUUCCACAAGAAAAAUUCACACGUCACGGCCGCGUCUGCCUUCAAAAACAGGUAUGUACUUUGAAAAUUAAUCCUUCAUUGUGAACGAAAAAAAAAAUUAAUAAAACUUCUUCAAAACCUACUCAACUGUAGACCAGCCUAUUAUUUAAUCGACAAAAAAAAAGGAAAACGAAAGCUUAGGCGAACCAGAAACAAGGUACUUUCCAUUGCAGAGAAGUUCGUGACUUUUCACUAUUCUGUCGGUAAUCAUCUUUGAAACGAGUCAUGUUUAAAUGAACUGCUCAUUUGUUAAUUUGUUGGGGAUAUUUGAAAGAAGCUUUCUAAAUAAUUUAAUCAUCAAAGAUUAUUUCUCAAAUUUGAAAAAUCCUACUGAAUACCUUAAAAAUUUGAACCAUAUAAGCAAACAUAUUUUUGCAUUCAAGACAUCUUUUUCUCAAAUGCGAAAGUUUUCUCUGAACCUUGUAGCAAAGCGAUUAAAUCUAUUCAAUUCUGAUUAUUCUGGUUUUUUUUCUGGUCUUUUUCUGGCCUUUUUGGUUUUUUUUUCUGGUCUCAGUUUUUCUUACUGCAUGAGAGUUUCGAAAAGAAAAUAAUAUCCUUUCUUUCAUUUCGUUAGUUUUUUUCACCCGAAAAAAAAACUCAGUCACAAUCAUGCAAAAAGGAAACAUAAAUGGGAUGAGUUUUUUUCAUUGACUUCUUGCAUGUCUAAAGAAACGCACGCUACUACUGAAAACUAAAAAAAAAAAAGAAGGAAGAAAGCCUUAUUAUCGAAGGUUCUGAAUGGCCACAACUGCUAAGGCGUGCUCAUUUUCAGAAAAAGCAAAACUUCCGCAAAACUCGCAUUUAAGGUUUUGGUUUCAGCUCGCGAGCGAAAGGACUUCUGCGACAACGGUCGGCGGAGAGCCCUUCGGCGGCGCUGACGUCACAACGUAGCUCCAGACGACCUCUGUUCGGGGAGCGACUGUCGCCGAUUCCUUCGCAGGCCGGUGAAUCCUCGGCUUCACGAACACCCUCGCCAGUAGCCGCGCCACCGGCUCUCUUGUCCUUCUCCUAA